CAGUCAGGACCGCCGGGACUCGGGCGGGCAGUUGCACCGGGAGGUUCUGUGUCUUUAAGGCCGACUCUGACGGCUCUGUCUCGGCUGACAGCUGCCACGCUGCAGCGCCUGCUCAGUGCGCGAAACCUGGACCAGUAUCUCCUGUGUCUGUCCCGAGUGUGAUAGUGUAAGUGUUGGUGUGUGCUGUCUGAACCCCUGGACUGACGAAGGGAGGCUUUUGUUCUGGUUUGUUCUGUUGGAGCCGCACUUUCACCGGAGAAUGUCUGGAGGAGCUGUGUUACCCCACCGAUAGCGCCGGAAUACACACAAGGAACACGACACUGACAUGAAGAAAGACAUUGAGACUCUAAUUGCAGAGGAACGUGCUGAGAUCAUCCUGAAAUAUGCAACGGGCAGGCAGGGCGGGGUGGAGAUCGACCCUUGGGAAGAUGCUGACUACAGCAUCUACAAAGUCACUGACCGCUUCGGCUUCAUGCAUGAAGACGAACUACCAGCCCCAACAGCACAUGAGGAGAAGUUAAAGCAGCUGGAGCUAGAGAGAGCAGAGAAGUGGCUGAAAAUGGCGAAGAAGUGGGAGAAAUACAAGAACAGUGAUAGGAUGGUGAAACGGGUGUACAAGGGCAUUCCCCUGCAGCUCAGAGGCCGAGCCUGGGCCCUGAUGCUGGAGGUGGAGAGGGCUAAGAAGGAGAACGAGGGCAAGUAUGAGAGAAUGAAGGAACAUGCCAGACUCUACUCUUCCGAGAUCAAACAGAUUGACCUGGACAUCAACAGGACUUUUCGGGACCACAUCAUGUUCAUGGAUCGCUUUGGAGUCAAGCAGCAGUCCCUCUUCAAUGUUCUUUCAGCAUAUUCAGUCUAUAACACAGAGGUGAGCUACUGCCAGGGGAUGAGUCAGAUUGCUGCCCUGCUGCUCAUGUUCAUGAAUGAGGAGGACGCCUUCUGGGCCCUGUCGCAGCUGCUGACCAAUCAGAAACACGGCAUGCACGGUUUUUUUGUUCCCGGGUUCCCCAAACUUCAGCGAUUCCAAACACAUCAUGAUCAGAUUAUUUCCAAACUCAUCCCCAAACUGAAGAAACAUCUGGACAGAGAGCAGAUGUCUACAGGGAUUUACAGCACAAAAUGGUUCCUACAGUGUUUCAUUGACAGGACGCCGUUCACCCUGACCCUCCGUCUGUGGGACAUUUUCAUCCUGGAGGGAGAGAGGAUGCUCACCGCCAUGUCUUACACCAUUCUGAGGAUUCACAAAAAGCACCUGGUGAAGAUGUGCUUGGAGGAGCUCAGGGACUUCAUGCAGGAGCGAAUCGCUCAGACCUUCUUCUACAGCGACGACGUGGUCAUCAAGGAGCUUCAGGCCUCCAUGACUGAGCUGCAGAAGAUGAAGCUGGACCUUCCUCCUCCUGGGAAGCUUGAAGAGCUGCCUCGUAAGCCUCUGGGUCAGGAGCUGCCUCUGCUGCUGAGCCCGGUCCAGUCCUCUAGGGGGAAGAUGUCGUCUGCCAGUGGAUUCCCCAGAGCCGGACUGAGCCUCCAAAUCAUCUCUCACCAGCCUGACACCAUAUCCCCAGACCAGAGCCCGUCCAAGGACCCCAGGGAUCUUUAUGUUGCAGAGGAAGAGGCCCCACUGCCGUCCCCAGACCCCGUCAUCAUCCAUAGUCAGGUCCCGCUCACCCCCAACGGCUCCCCACUUAUGGGGCCUCCACCCUAUCAGCCACCAGACAGCCACACAAUGGAUAAGCCAUCAGAUCAGGAUUUGGAUGAAAUGCAGCUGACGUUAGGCUCCUCCCCAGACUGUAGUACUGACCAAUCCGAAGUCCAGCAGACUCUUUCUGAAGCUGCACUCCACGCGGCCAUUCCAGGUUCAGGCCUGGUUCACUCUGAGAGUUUGUCGGCUGCAGAGACGACCGAAGACAGUCACCCGCUCGAGCUGCUGGAUCAGGCCUCGGCUCUGGGUACCAAAGAGAACCUGAACCAGGAUUUGAGCACAGAGGAGGAGACACAGGCAGCAGGAAUCUCAUGAAGCAAGCAUAUGAUCAGAUUACUGAUCAGGUUUCUCCAUUGAUUGGAUUAUGUGUUGAUGUGUUGAUAAUGAGUUAAAUCCCAGUCUGGGCCUUUCUGUGUGGAGUUUGCAUGUUCUCCCCGUGUGUGCGUGGGUUUCCUCCCACAUGUCCAAAAACAUGCAGAGGUUAUUUGGACACUCUAAAUUGCCCAUAGGAGCGAGUGUGUCAGUGACUGGGUGUUCGUCUCUCUGCGAUGGAACGGCGACCUGUCGAGGGUUUGAUCACCCCGCGCCUUUAGCCCCGUGUCAGCUGGGAUUGGCUCCAGCAGUGCCUGUGUGUCGCUCAUGUGGAGGACAAAGUGGUCGACAGUGGAUGGAUGAACGAGUUAAACAGUGAUGAGGAAGAACUACAAAGAUACAGUGCGAUUCACCAGUGUACACCACUGUAUGCUUAUUCGCCAGUCAGCAAUACUUUAUUUAAAACGUGUGAUAUUAACGUCAGUGAUCUUAAAGAGGUCAUUUCAUUAUAAUCUUAACAACUCUAAGAGUCAGUUUAUAUGUGUUUGUUUUGUGUUCAUUGUGACUGUCAAAUGUUCAGUCUUCAGUGGAAGUCAGAGGAGGUAAGAGGUCUUUGCUGGGGCAGAGGUCAAAUGGACUCAUCUUGUGAACACAGUAAACAAACCCAUUUAAACACAGCAUAUUUGGAUCCAGGGUCUAGUGUCCUACAGUACUCAACUGUAUCUGUCAGGCUGCCCACCAAAACAGAGGUACCUGACAUCACUGUCUCUUUAAGACAUCGGUCUCAAACUCAAAUGACCUUGGGGGCCACUGAGCAUCUAGUCUGGCCAAUAGGGGGGGCCACUCAAGUGAAAACCCUUUUUUUCCACUUUCUUUUAGUAGGGGUGGGCGAUAUGAGCUAACUGUAUCACGAUAUUUCAUCAUGAUAUCGCAAUGACAGGUAUUUCACAGAAUUUCAAAAUAAAAGCGUCUGUGUUGACAUGGAACAACCUAUAGUUCACGAUAAAAAUGUACAUAUUUGUGACGCCACGAGUUUGAGACCUCUGGGUUAAGACAUUAGUAACUUUUACUACAUAUUCACUAAGGUGAUUGUUUUCUGAGGCCGAAUGUUACAUAUUGAAUCUUUUACUGGAUUAAGACGAUAACCUGAAUAACACUCUAAAUAGCAUGUACUGAUUCCCCUACCCAGAAUAAGUGAGUGAGCAGUGUUCAGAAGGUCCAAUGUUUAAGAAUUAGUGACAUCUUAACAGAGAGACCCCUCCACUCACUGCUCUGUUAGCACUGUCACAUUGGGCAUUGGGCUCUGGUUCCUGAUUCACUGCAGAAAGCACAAAAAGACCUGUUUUUUCUUUGGGAUCCGUUAAAUCAUCAGUGGGCGUGUCAGUGUAAGCUGUAGAUGAGAGGAAGGAGGAAGCAGUGGUUAUUUACCUUUGACCUCAACUUGCUGAAUUAGCAGAGGGGAUUUUACAGAAGCUCAGUGUGAUCCUGCACCGUCACGUUUACUACAGACGCUGGAACUUUGGUUUGGUUUAACUGGUGCCAACUCAACAAAUCGAUCCUGAGGGAAUCAAGGAACUACCAUGGUCUUUGCAUCAUUAGACAGGAUGUAAACACUUGUCUUCCAAUGUCUCACUGUUUCCUCCUCCUUCCUUCUUCAAUUCUAACGCUAUGAAAACCAAAUGAUUUCUAUUUCAGAGUGAGUGAACAUUCUUAUGGGUAGUAUUUUCUAUCUCUUGCCUGUAAACCUUCCUAAAUGUUACACACUGGACCUGCACGUAUACAUCUCAAUCAGAUUAUAACAUCCUCCUUGGGUUUGUUUUUUUAGCAGACAAAGCGGAUGUAAUGUAGUCUUAAAUUAUAACCAGAUUGUGCUCUUUAAAGUAUAAUAUUGGGGAAUAUUCUGUAUUAUGAAAACAUUAUAAUCUGAUCUAAGGUCAUUAGUGUAAAACACAGGGGUUGAAAUCUCCUGGAAUAAUCUUUCUUCAGUAUUUGUUCCUCUCACUUUUUCAAGUAUUGUGGAUUUAUUCCCAAAUGCGAUGAGAGCUGACUCUCAGAGACCGAACCGAACCUUACGCCGUCACCACACCUGUUUCCCGUUUGUCUCGGUUACCUGGGAACCGAGACAUGCACAAAAGUCAUCAGCCUUUACGAUACAAGAAGAACAUUUUAGUAGUUUUGUAAUGGUUUGUUUUUUUUCUUUGUAAAAAUGUUUGCUAGCAAAAUGACAGCUUUAUAUUUUUUGGUACUAACGUCUUGAUGCCUUACUAUGUCGAUUGGCUUCAGCUCUUCUGUGGACAUGGAUGGACAUGACGUGGCUCUGCCUGAGGCGAUGGACUGGACAUUAAAAACCACUGACGAGGUGAGCUGGCUCACUGAGAUGAUUGUAAACAUUCAAAGUCAUUUGAAACAAGUGGAUUUCUAGUUUGAUAAUUUAUUCUCAAAUCCGCUCCCAGAUAGAAUCUGCCGCAUUUUCUCCUUGAACAGUGCAGGGUGACAGGAACUGAUCUUGUUGUAUCCGCUCGUGUUGACAUUGUGUUAUAAUUGUACAGUGUUGUAGAACAGUUAGGACACGUUUCCCGUCUGAAGGUAGAGAACUAGAAAUAGUGAAAGGCUGACAUCUUGUGGUUGGUUUAGCUAAAGCAUGUCUCUGUUUAGGUCAAGCUGAGCACAUGAGGUGCCGCUGGAAUGUUUGAAUUUAAGGACAUUAAAAAAGUGUUUUACUUAAUUCAAUUCAAGGCCAUAAUUUUAAAUGAUGCUUAAAUGACAUGAACUUAAACUGUAUAUGUGUGACUUUGCUAAAACACUUCAGGUGUGUGUGUGUUUACUUCUUGGCGAUUCACUUGUAAAAAAAAAAAAAGAACCUUCUACCUGGGCUUUUAAGAGUUUGAUGAAACAAUACAACUUUUAUCAUCUUAAA